CUGUGGUAACAGGUAAACCCGUCCUCCAUGCGGCGCUCUACGCACAGACGUAAGCACGUGCUGUUCCUUAUCACAGGUUCCUAUUCACUUCUCCAUCCCUCUCCUCCCGCAUCAUUCAGCAGCAGAGAUGGCGGAACCCGCCACAGUAGUGCAUUCUCCGGUCAUGAGCCCGAGCUCCGAGCCUCCGUCAGGCGCGCACUCCCCCACGGCAGACGGAACACAGCGGCUUCUGUUUACGCAUGACCUGGUCUCCGGAAAACACCGCGGGGCGAUGCGUUUCGGGUUGGUACGGAUGAUUCACGGCGAAGAGGAUUUCGAAGAUUCAGACUCCGAGAUUGGCGGUGAUGGCGGAGGGAGAGGACGAGGUGGUGGCGACGACGGCGGCGUAGAAGGUGGAGGCGCUCCCGGUAACUCAGACAACGAGAGUGGGGCGGCGGACACACGGUCAUGGCCUCUCGGUAGAGGAUUCGUGCGGGUUCAGUGGUAUCCUGAAGGAACGAAGCAGGAUGUUCGGGAAACGAAGCUGAAACUUGAAGAUCGAUCCAUUGUGCCAAGAGACUUUGUUCGGAGAAUGAAUUCAAAUGAUAAACAGUGUGGCAUUGUGACUAACAUAAACACCGAAUGUGCAGUGAAACUUGUAGGAACCAACUGUGUUCUAUAUCCUGUAAAUAGCAAAGACCUGCAGCAUGUCUGGUCUUUUAUGUAUGGUGACUACAUUGUAUAUGACUUCUGGCUUGGAAAGGUGUACGAUCUCAGCAUCCAAAUCAUUGUGAAGCUUUCCAAUGGUGCACGAUGCUCUAUGAGUGAGGAAGAUGGCGCAAAACUCUACGAUAUUUACCCUCACAUCAGUGAUGUGGGUUUGUUCUUUGAUGAUGCCUAUGGGUUCUAUCCCGGUCAGGUUUUGAUCGGGCCGUCAAAGGUUUUUGCUAAUGUGCAAUGGCUGUAUGGUGUGAAGCCAGUUCUCAGUAAGAAAAGCAAGUUCAGAGUUGUUGUGGAGGAGGUUCAGGUAGUGGAGCUAAAAGUGACGUGGAUUACGAAAAGUUACUCUCCAAAGGGGUCAGACAGUGUCUUCCCACCACCAUCAACCAUCACACAGGAGAAUCUUUGCAGGGUGAAGCGACUAGGCUACUUCGAUCAUACUCAAAGGCAGCUUGGAGAGAGAGCCUUGUAUGUGUUUCCUGCCAAGAGUGAAACUACACGGAUCACCUGUGAGGGGCCAGAGGGGGCAUCUGCUCAUCCUGAGGACCCUGUUGUUAGAAAGUUAAAAAGAAUGUUUAAAAAGGAAGUGGGAAAGAAAAUUACAGAAAAUGCAGACACCCAAAGUAACAAUUCAACAGAGAAAAUGGAUGGCGCUGAAGGUGAAAAGAGAUCAGUGCAGGAACAGGACUGUCCUGAUGAUAAUUCUGUUCCAUGCUACCCCAACAAUGGCCCUGUUCCAUACCAGGAUGCCCUAGAGGAGGGAAAAGAGCCACUGGAUGUUCUUCAGGGACAGUGGGCCCAUUUAGGGGAACAAGAGUCAGAUGAGGAGCCAGGGGAUGAUACAGAUGAUACAAGUUCUGUCACUUCCUCUGCCAGCUCAACAGCCUCACUCCAGAGUGGUCCAACCCGAAAAAAGAGCAUCCCCCUCUCUAUACGUAACCUAAAGAGAAAGCACAAGAAGAAGAGAACUAAGUUUUCACGCGAGUUUAAACCAGGAGACAGGGUGGCAGUUGAGGUUGUCUCCACUGUAACCUCUGCAGAUGUAAUGUGGAAGGAUGGUAGAUUAGAGACAGGCAUCCGCUCCAAUGACCUGAUCCCUAUCCAGCACCUGGACAACCAUGAGUUCUGCCCUGGAGACUACGUUGUAGACAAACGACCCCAGGCAUUUCAGGAUCCAGGCAUCUAUGGAGUGAUUCAGUCAGGUGACCAUAAGGCCAGAACCUGUGUAGUCAAGUGGGUAAAACUUAAUGCUGCAGGCGACAAUGUUGAGGUGAUUGGGGAAGAGGAGGACGUUAGUGUUUAUGACAUUGCAGAUCAUCCAGAUUUCCAUUUCCACACAACGGAUAUUGUCAUAAGGAUUGGCAACUCUGACACAGAAGACUGUGAAAAUGAGAGAUCUGUUGGGCAAGUGUGCAGGGUGGAUCUGAGCAGUAAAGUGGAGGUUGUGUGGGCUGAUAAUUCUAAGACAAUUGUCCUGCCACAGCACUUGUAUAAUGUCGAGUCUGAGAUUGAAGAAACAUAUUAUGACUCUGCUGAGGGCAGCAGUAGUGGUGCCUCAUCUGAAGAAUGGGAAGAUGAGAGUGAUAGCUGGGAGACAGAUAAUGGACAAGUGGAAGAGGAACCAGGUGCUGGGGAAACCAUCUCAGACUCCUUCCCCAUUACAGGUGCCACUGCUGAUGGUAAAACCCAUGGUGUGCAUGCCUCCACGACAACAGACUCACCAGGAGCUCUCCCCACUCCUGAACUUCCUGGAGGUGGAGCACCUGAAGAGAAACCCAGUAAAGAUACUCCACCACGUGGCUUCCGUGAGCUUAAAGAAGCCCUGAAAAUUUUGGAAAGUUUAAAGAACAUGACUGUUGAGCAGCUCUGGACUGGAUCACCGACCUCUCCCACUGCCGAACCAUCCGCCACAAGUGCUGCCACAACCCCCGCUGAUACCAAACCCACGAAAGAAAAACGCUUUUUGGAUGACAUUAAGAAACUUCAGGAGAACCUGAAGAAAACUCUAGACAAUGUGGCCAUUGUAGAAGAAGAUAAAAUGGAGGCUGCCAUUGAGGAGGAAAAAGUGACGGCACCAGUGCUAGCUGAACCACAGACGCCUGUGCGUUCUGAGUGGCCUAGUGACACACCAGUUUUGUGUCAGCAGAGUGGAGGCAAACCGGGUGUCACCUUCACCAGUGCUAAAGGGGAAGUGUUUUCUGUUUUGGAAUGGGCACCAGACAACCACUUGUUUAAAAAAAUGGAGUUCCAGCCAGCAGAGGCAAAGAAGUUUUUUAGCACUGUAAGGAAAGAAAUGGCCCUGCUGGCCACCUCUCUGCCUGAUGGCAUCAUGGUGAAGACUUUUGAGGACAGAAUGGACCUUUUCUCAGCUCUCAUUAAGGGCCCUAACCGCACUCCCUAUGAGGAUGGACUCUUCCUUUUUGAUAUCCAGCUUCCUAAUAUAUAUCCUGCUGUUCCUCCUCUCUUCUGUUACCUCUCUCAGUGCAGUGGGCGACUAAACCCAAAUCUCUAUGACAAUGGGAAGGUUUGUGUCAGUCUUCUUGGCACCUGGAUUGGAAAGGGUACUGAAAGAUGGACAAGCAAAUCCAGUCUGCUGCAAGUGCUUAUCUCUAUUCAAGGUUUGAUUUUGGUCAACGAGCCAUAUUAUAAUGAGGCUGGCUUUGACAGUGACAGAGGCCUUCAGGAGGGUUACGAGAACAGUCGCUGCUACAACGAGAUGGCCCUUAUUAAGAUGGUACAGUCAAUGACUCAGCUUCUCCAGAAGCCUGUAGAGGUCUUUCAGCAGGAGAUCUGUGAGCACUUUGCCUGCUGUGGUUGGCGUCUGGUCCAUCGGCUGGAGUCCUGGCUAGAAUUGGAUGGGGCAGUGACUGACCGUGCUUUACGUUGUGGUGUAAGCAGCCUCCAUGAAGAACCUCUGGAAGAGAUCCCGUCAGCUCUGGCCCACAGCAGUCCAAGCAAGCAGGAUGUGCGAAGUGAAGAGGAGCUUGAGGACUCAGGUCUCAGUCCCUCUACACUGGGACCUAGUGGACCUCCUGGUUCAGAUGGGCAGCAGGAUCUGAGCCAAAAUUCUGAGUGUGAUAGUUCAGUUGUGGGUGGUGCAGGAUCAGAAAUACCAGAAGGUUCUGAAGAGGUGUUGGGUUUUGUGACAUCACAACAAAGUGUAAAACCCUAUCAGGAGUCUCAGCCGGCUGUGAGACCAAAGAAACGGAGAAAGAGCUAUCGCAGCUUCCUUCCGGAGCGCAGUGGCUAUCCAGACAUUGGAUUCCCACUCUUCCCUCUUUCCAAAGGCUUUGUGAAGAGCAUGCGUGUAGUUUUGCAGCAGUAUCGAGCUACUCUUACAGCUGCUGGCAUUCCUGAAAACAAAUAAUUGCCCUCCAGUGCAAUUUUUCCCUUUUUUUCCCCCUGCUUUUUUCAACCCAAGAACUGCGCUUUUCUCCUUUAAUCCUUUGUCCAGGAUCUUGGAUCUCCUUAUCAGGCCGGUAAUGUUCCUAGCAGCCUUUGUUAAUUGCUUUGUAGCACAUCUUUAGUUGCUUUGUUUUUUUGUUGCCUCUCAUUGUUCAUGGGGUGGCAGCACACAUUAUUUGUUUCUAUUAAACAAUGUUGAAAUUUCAUAUGCUUCUAUCUUGUUUCCCUGACAACCACCCUUCUGCCACACUGCUCUCUCAGGGAAGUAUGGACAAAACAGAUAGAUGUGAUGCUUUAAGAGAUAUUGAGGCAUGACUGAAGCUUUUAUUGUGUUGUGACUUUUCAAGAUUUGUGGGUAUAAACUGUACGUGAGGGAUUGGAUUUAUUGUGCCAAGGGAUGCACCGAAAGGUCUUAGGCAUUGUCAUUUGGUACUAUGUGGAGGACAGAAACUUUUUUUUUUUUGGUGGGAUCAUCAUCAAACUCUCACCACAUAAUGGCUUGCACAAGUUGAAGAAAGUUCAUUUGCAGAAAAAAAAGGGAUGCUAUUAUACAUUUUUCCAAAAAGUUUCAGAUCAUUUGUGUGAUUGUUGUCUUUGGUUAAUCAAACAAUUAUAUGUCCCAGCAUGACUUGCUCUCUGGUUCAUUUUUUCAUGUUAGUGCUGCUAACAUUGCAUUGCUUUUCAGUCUUGAUCAGUAUCAUCAUUCUUUUAAAAGUGUUGGUGACUUGCUUUUUGAUCCGAAAAAGUAAAAGUUGUACAACUGCUCAGUCAUCCAUACUCUACAGACCCUGAUCAUUCCUGCUGAUGUUUUGCACAGAAAUCACAUGAAAGUUGAGUGUCAGGUUUACAUUUAAAAAUAACAAAGCAUCCAGACACACCAAAAUAUCUGACUCAAGAAAAUGGAAUCUAACAUCCUCUUUCUCUGUCCCUCCACCUCCGUGGCACAACAGAGAAAGAUUUUCAACAUUAACUAUUAUACUCUGUACAGUACAUCAUUUGAAACUUUUCUUACACUUUUGCCAUAAAUGCAUACAUAUCAUGAAUCCAGUUUACAUACAUGUAAAUACACAAUGGGACCUUUAGUAUGAGGCAGGUCAGUCUUCUAUAGGGGUCUGUGUGACCGGUCCUGAGAGUCUAAUUAAAUAAUUUUAAGAGGUUUAGCAGCCAGGAUUCAGGAUUCAUUUUGAGUUUGCAUGAAAGAUUCUUGUAUGAAUACUGAUAAGUUUGACCAGUCACAUCCCUAAUGCUUCCCUCUAUCCAAUAUCAUUGCCUUAAAACUGAUUUCAAGCUUGACCCUAGGUUCCCCUUUUUGCCGCAUUAUACCUGUAAUUUUCUAUUAAGUGGCCCAGUUAAUCGCACUAGUUAAGAUGGAGAGGUGUAAAUGUUACUUAUUAUUUUCACAAGCACAAUUCAAGAAGUGGUAUUCUUUAGACAACUGUGAAAUUGUUUGUUUGUAUUUUUGCCUAUUUGAAAUUGCAUAUAAUUUUUGUGUGGGGGGGGGAUAUUUAACCAACUACCAACUUUUUCCCAACAAUAUGCAUCUCUGUGACAUGAAUUAGAUGCUGUGAUGUAGAAGCUUCAUGUUAAUCCUGGUGCUGUUGUUCUCCAGACCACUAGGAGCAGCUUAGACCUCACUCUUUUGUUUACAUCAAUAUAAGGCCAGCUGUAAUUAAAGCACAGCUUUCAGACAACUAUCAAAUGUCUUUUAUGUGCUGUUGCUCUUUGUGAUGCAGUACUUGAUAAGUACACACAGCUUUUAUGGAUAUGGAGUCAUCAGGCUGUUUUACAUUUAACAGACCCUAGUAAGUUUCUUAGUUUUGCAUAGAAGUGAUUGCACAUAAUUAAACUUGUUUCUGCUUGAAGACACAUUGUGUUUACUAAUGAGUUUUGAUGAAGGCUGAUAAUAUAUAUAUAUUUUUCCCCUCUCUCUGUAGUUUGGCUAUUGGGCUUGAUAGCAGAUGUGUAGAGGUAAUAACUUGCAGAAAAACAUCAGCAGUAUAUGUCUUUUAAAAGACAGAAUAGAUAAAUCUCUGGCUGAUGGCUUUGUGUCAUCUUGGAUAAGAUAUUCUCAUAAAUACAUAUUUCCAUGCAUAAAAGUUGCUGACAGUGAGAUGUUUUAUGAUGUUCUAGAUGAAAUGGUUUAUCUUGUUUUCUUUUGAAUUUGUAGCUUAUUACAGUUUGGCAUUUGGAGAGUAUAAAUACUUUAUCAAAGAGUUUCAUAUGCACAUAACCUCAGUUUUUAUUUAGACAAAUUAAAAAUUAAGUUGAGAGCUCUUCCACCGCACACUUCACCGGUUCAGCAUUUCAGCAUUUUUCUGCAUUUCAGUACUGAAAUGUGAAGCUAAGUCUCAAGAAUCAAACAUCAACCUUAAAAAUCUGAACUAUUUUCUGUGUAUGUGUACAAUACUCUGAAUUUAAUCACUAUUAUAAGGAGAGGGAACAGCCAAAGCAUGUAACAUGUUGCUUUAAGCCUUAACGGCUACACAAGACUUGACUGUACAAUGUAAACAUUUCCACAGUGGCCUGUAUUGGUAAACUAAUAAACUUAUGAUUUGUAGCCUGAAUUCUCUGUACAGAAGUCAUGAUUAUACAUGUAAACAUUUAACAAUCCUAAGUGGUCAUGUGUGGGCUUGGGUUGUAUUAAAGCGUGUGUGUUGUAUUAA